AUGACUCGUUAUGCUAGUCGCGACAAUGACUCCUUUUAUCAAAUGCACCCGUUAGAUCAAAGCCAGAGUUGGGAUCUAUUUUGUCACAAGACGGGCACAUCACAUUGUGCUAACCUUGAGACUAUUGCGAGACCAAUUGUGGAGAAGUGCGGAGGACUACCUCUGGCAGUUGUUAUGGUAGCAAGUGUCGUUUCCAAUUUCAACGUCGACCCAGGUGAGUGGGAGAAUAUUGCUAUGACUAAUAUUGCUGAAGCUUGCUCAAGAAUAUUUUCAUUGGAUUACAAUCACUUGCCAUAUCACUUGAAAGCUUGUUUUUUAUAUUUGGGAGUAUUUUCAGAAGGGAAAAUAAUCUAUGUUAAGGAUCUUGCAAGGUUAUGGGCCAGUGAAGGACUGAUAAAGGAGUGUGAGAACCAAAGCCUUGAUGAAGUGGCUGAAAGAUGCGUACAGAAACUUUUGGGUAGAAACCUGAUUUUUGAAAGCAAGCGAAGUUAUUGUGGAAGAAAAAUUAAGGCCUUUAAGAUGCAUGGUUUACAGCAUGCAUUUUGUGUAAGACAAGCUGAAAAAGAGAAGCUUCUACAUGUGGUAGCUGGAAAUGGUUUCAAUUUCUGUCUAAAAGGUUUCCGUUGGCUAACCAUCCAAUCAACAGAUUUUGAUGACAACACCAGUACAUUAUUACAUUCUGCUUCUUCUAUUACAUGUCGGUCCAUUUUCUGUUUUUCGGAGGCGAAAUCUUUACAUUUGAAAAGUUUCAGUGUAUUGAGAGUUUUCUACUUUACUGAUGCUAGCAUGUGCAAGAAGAUUGUGGAUCUAGUCCAUUUGAGAUACUUACCUCAGGUAGUUAGAGAUUUUAGAAUCAUAAAACUAUCCAAGGCUUGGAAUCUUCAAACACUUGGUGUUUAUGCGGAUGAUGGAAGGAACAACUUGAAGAAAUUUCGACAGCAACAGACUGAUUCUCAAAGUCUUUCCAAACUGGCGUUGAAGCCUUGUGAUUGCACAAUAGAAUUCUUUCUAAGAAGUCCGUACCUUGAGGAGGUGCAAAUUACAGGUGAAAGAAGAUCUUGCAAUGAUUGCAUUGACACCCUUGCCUUUUCACGGCAGCUUAGGGUACUGCAUAUUAAUGCCAAUGUAUGGGAUUAUAGGACUCCACAAAGGAUUUCAAUUAAUAACCAGAUUGCUGGCUUGAAAAGCCUUGUGGAGUUGUCAUUUCGGUCUAUGAAUUUUGAGUGGAAGGGAAUUAAUGUUCUUUGCCAGUUGCCUAGACUAAAGGUGCUCAGGUUAUUAUCUUCCGGCAUAGGCAAGGAGUGGGAAUUAUCAAAGGAGAAUAGGCUACUCCUUCGCGAUUGCUUUCAGUUGAGAGAGAUCCCAGACAGCUUUGCAGACAUUUGGACAUUGAAGUCAAUCGAAUUAACACGAUGCCUUCCUUCAGCGGUGAAUUCAGCCAAGCAAAUCCGAGAACACUUGCAAGACUUUGGAAACGAUUGCGUUGUCAUUGAGAAUAUAAUGAAACAAUACAUGCAGGAGCUUACUUCUGAUGAAGAUGAAGCAGAGGAGAGCUAG